AUGGUUUUCCUAGCAACAAGUAGCAGGACCUUCUUCACUGCAUCUGAAGCUCCUCCAACCAGCUCUCAUACAGGAUCGCCUGAGAAUCUGCUGAAAGGAUUCAGAAUGAAUAAUUCCAGUAUCCGCAACGAAUCAUGUGACAACAUUGACUUCAGCUUAGACCAGACCUUUCUCCCGGUGCUGUACGGACUUGUCUUCUGCAUUGGGCUGCCCACCAAUUGCUUAGCCCUCUACGGGCUGUACCGCCUGGUCAGGACUGACAAUGCCCUUCCUGUCUACGUCAUCAACCUGCUCUUAUCAGACCUGCUGCAGAUCAGCACGCUGCCUCUCUGGAUUGACUACUACAGCCACGGGCACGUGUGGCGUUUCGGGAACACCUUGUGUGAAAUCACUGGGGUCAUCUUUUGGAUCUGCCAAAGCGUCAGCAUUUUCUUCAUGCUCUGUGUUGCUUUGGAGCGUUACAUUGCCGUCUCCCACCCUCUGUGCUUCCGAAGCCAGUGUAGACUCAAGUACACCUGCUUACUUUGUGUGUUUGCAUGGCUGCUAGCAAUUCUGGGGAUCACAAUGUCCUUCCAAGUUGGUUUUACCAACACUGCAGAUUGGUUGUGUUUUGAAAAAUAUCCCUCCAACAAACAAUUCUGCGUGUUGCGUUUGGGGACAAUCACAUUGUGUUUUCCACUGCCACUGAUUCUCCUAGUCGGUCUUUAUGGUGGGACUUGGAGGAAUAUAAACCAGGCUGUUUCAGUGACAGACUGCGAAAAGAAAAAGAUAACAAAAUUGUUGCUUCUUCUGGUGGUGAUAUUUGUCCUCGUGUUUGGGCCAUAUCACAUCGUUGGGUAUGUCAAAUUUUUUGGGUUGAUGAUUCUAGGGGACAGCUGUGAUUAUGAAGCCAGGAUUUUCAUCUAUUUCCAGAUUGGAAUGGGAAUUCUCAGCCUAAACAGCCUCCUGGAUCCAUUCUUGUAUAUCUUUGUUUGCAGAGAUGUUAGGAAGGAGAUGCUGGAUUCUUUCCCAUGCUUCCAGAAGCUGGCCAGUGAAAGAGAGCUCUGGAAGAUAAUCAGAUCAGCAAAAACCUAG